CAACCAUUCUAGAAAACACGCAUACUUUUCUCUCUCUCUCUCUCUAUCUUAAGUCAUUGUUGGUAGCGAGAGCCAUAAGCGGAGGAGGGGCAGUGAUUUGGUGCGGCGGAGAGAUGGAUCCAGACCAGUUGGCUAGAGCAUUCGUGGAGCCCUACUACACAACGUUCGAUGCGAAUCGUGGCGGAUUGGCUAGCCUAUACCAAGAGGAGUCCAUGCUUACUUUCGAGGGUCAGAAGGUCCAUGUUUGUAGUGCCGGCUUCUACGAAAGGAAAAGUGAUUCGUUUGAUUCUCUUGCGAUAGGUUAUCCGUAUAACUUGGACUUCGACUAUGGUGCUCUAGCGCAGUUGCAGCAUUUCUCCAUUAACAAUCUAGGUGACCCUUUUAUUGAGAGCAACUAUGGUGUCCAUUCAAGGCAGUUUGAAGUUGGCGUUUUAGAUUGGUUUGCUCGUCUAUGGGAAAUAGAGAAGGAUGAGUACUGGGGAUACAUCACAAAUUGUGGUACAGAAGGCAAUCUUCAUGGGAUUUUAGUUGGGAGGGAAGUGUUCCCAGAUGGGAUUUUGUACGCGUCACGGGAGACACAUUAUUCUGUUUUUAAAGCUCCGCUGGCCAAACCCCCUGGGCGCUGCUACGCAAUACGAUCAAAUCAAGGUGAGAGCUCGGGUUCUGGCGGUAGAGCCGGGGAAGAAAGAAAGGGUGGAGGAAGGGAUGGAAAUCAAGGAAUAGGAGGCGGUGUAGGAGGAGGUGGGCAAAGAGAGGGUAUUGGAAAUGAACGGAUAGGCAGCAGUGGAAGUAGUCAUGGAGGGGGUAACGGAGACGACGAUGACAAUGACCGCAGAGGCUGGGAUGGUUACAUAGAAGAUGAAAGGAGACCAAUGGACCCGAGACCAGACAGAAUGCCAGAGACACUACUUUCACUCAAUGUCCAAAUAAUUGGUACUCUCGAGUCCCUCGAUGUCACCAGGCUAUCCGCUAGAGCCAGGAUCUUACGAGAUUUUUCGUUGGGUUUUAACUCAGCAUCUCUCGUUUGUUUGUCCGCUUCUAUCCAGCAACGCGGUACGAACCCAAGGCUUGCCAGAAUCUUGAGCUGGAUUGGAUGUUUUGCAACUUUUCUGGGCUUCAUUUCAAUGGUAGAUAUGGCUUUUUCGGCUUCUUUCAUUCCAUGAACAACUGUCGAUCUCCGUCAAAUAUUGCUUUCUUCUUUUCUUUUUCUUAUUUUUUAUUUUUGAGUUGGUAGCACCACUUUGUAGCUCAAAUGUAGGGGAUUUUUUUAUUUUUUAUUUUUGGGAGAUGGUAGCACCUUCCUUCCUUAAGGAGGUACCAACACGUUGGAUGAUUCAGUGGUUAGGAGUUUGUGAUCCGGAUUCGAGUCGGUCCGAGUCCUCUCAGAACCCAUUGUUGGUGGGCAUUUUUAAUAGGUCUGGUUCUUGGUUAAAACGGCCAGUACUUAAAUCAGACCAGCGCCCUGUCCAUUAACCCAAAAAAAAAAAAUGUAGGGGAUAACUAAAAAUAAAUUAAGUGGUGGGUAUUUCUUGAAUUAAUGUCAGAAAUGACAGAUUGUCUGAUAGCUUUUCUCCUAACUUACAGACAUUUUUAAUGUGUUUUUUCUUUUUUCUAAUUUAAAUUCAGCAUGUUUUAUUUUAUUUUUGCUGAACAAUUUAAAUUCAGCAUGUUAUGGUGAGCUUUUGUCAGCCUUCUUUUUAGCAACUGCUAGAAAAAAUGCUACUAGAGAAGGUUUUGCAGCAGAUUUUCGAAUGCUA